UGUUCCAAUGGUUUCAAUAGUAAACUAAAGAAUCUAUUUCUCAGAUAAAGUGAAGUUCAAUGGACCAACCGCCUGAUCAACUUGUGAUUGUACUGCACAUUUUAGAUGCCAUCAACUUUCACCGUUCGAAAAACACCCCGAUCCUGCUCAGUGCCUCACUGGAUAAAAACAUCCUGGAGACAGGUGGUCGCCUUCCCAGAAUUCCUUCCACCAGCUUCGAAAGCAAUCUGGUAUGGGAAACCGAUCGUCGCUCGGUUAAAUGCAUGAAGACCGAAAAUCUUCCCAUCAAAAUAGAAUGCUACUCGGUCGACCAUCAGUCUGCCUCUGCGGAACAACGACGAUCGCUGAUUGGUCAUCUGGUACUACCGCUGCGGUCCGUUCCCCUGCUGGCGUCGGCCAAGGCAGACAGCGUCAAGUCUCGCUGGUACCGGGUGAUAGGGCUGUCCACGCCGGAAUGGAAGAAUCAAAAACCGGAAGUGCAACUAGCGGUCUUCAUUACCGAUAAGGAAUAUUUAAAUCCCCGUAGGAAGAAGAAUGUGGAAGGUGAUAUGGAUCAGGAGACGGAUCGAAGUUUGGUGAUUUUUACCAAUCCCGAACCCUCGCGGUUGGGGUCCGGCGAGGGGCUUCCCGUAGAACUGUUAGAAGAACGGGGCGUGCUACAAGUGGGACAGCACGAUCAGGAGUGCGAUAUAUUUUUGGUAAAGAUUGUACUGAAGUAUGCCAAACAGCUGCGGAGGUUGCUUCCGGAAGGAGGGGAGAAAGCACUGCCGGGUGGAUUCCAGAUGCGGUACGAUCUAUUUGGAGACAAUUAUCCUUGCGCACUGGAAAGGAAACCGAAUGAGACGUUUUACAUUCAGGAAAAGAUUGUCAUCAACUUUAGAACUUCGUUACAUUCGUUGAAAAGAUACUUCCAGGAGAUAUUUCUCGUUCGAUUGGAAGUGCUUUACGAAGAGAAGGUGAUAGGUCGUUGCUAUUUCCGCUUCGGAAGUUUGAUACAAGACGAAUCACUGGCGGAAUUUCUAUCCAAGUACCGUGAGAAUUCUUCCGCUCAGGAUGUUGAAAAGUAUUACCCAAUCGAGCCGGCAACUGUCAAAUACGACGACAAACGAGAUCCAGAUGAAGUUUCCGAUCCGUCUUCCACGGCGCUACCAGUCGUAAAAUGCAAAUUCAGUCUAAAGUAUCUCUCUUCCGAUCGCCAAACCCUUCCAGAACUCAUUAGGAAGAGUCUCGAUUCCAUACCGGAAAAGGAUUCUUCACAAUCGAAUCUUCCUCUGGUAGAAAUGCCGGAAGCUUCCUCCAUUCCAUCGAUUAAUCUCAACCCAGUUCGCUCACUUCGUCGGCCACCAUCGGCUCCGCCGGAGAAAACUGACAUCGAAUCGAUCCUGCAAUGCGAGGACCGAGACCUCAGAGACAUUCCACGCACCUUCAGCUACAACCUGCUGCUUCAAAGCAUCAAGUUCAAUCAGCGUCCUCCCCCGGGACUCUGGCAAAUGUCUUUAUACCAUCCGAGAGCGGACACGCCACUGACGAAAACCACCAUGGAACUGAACGCAAUCGAAUCGGAAACGCUGCAGCUGUCCAAUCUCCAGCUGCAGCUAUUUUUCUCGUCCCUCCCGGAUCGGGUGCUGGAAUCGAUCACUGCCGAAAGUUCCAAGCUAAGCCUACACGGUCCGCAUGGGUUGUUCGGAUUCGCACGGUUGGAUAACCAGAGCUUGGUCGUUGGAACCAAGGAGAAGCAGUCGGGGGUGCUGAUAUUGGAGAACCAAAAUGGGGAGAGUAUCGGAAUGGCGACGGUGUUUAGCUUCUUGGACGAAGUGGGGAUUAAUUACAACAGCAGGGAUCCUACGGGAGGACCGGAAGUGGUCGUUGGGAGCGGAAAUGCGAGGGGACAGUUGGAUAUUCAGCUUUCGUACAAAAUGUUGGAGGAGCAGAAACAGUGGAUGAUGCAACAGAGAGAGCAAUUUUUGGAUGUGUUGAAACAGAAGGAGGUAGCUCACUUGACGAGGCUGACGAAUGAGUGGAAGCGGAAACAGAUGAAGGAGAAAGCGGAACUGAUGGAACGCUUGAAAAACACAUCUGCCCUGACUGCUGCCCUAGAGGAAACCAAGAAGAGCCUAACACUUCAGACUGCACAACGUGCAGACCAAGAAAAAUCCGUGGAAGAGCUGCGAACGAAGCUGGAGUUGUCCUACCAGGAGCAACUGACCGAGAUUCGCCAAAAGACGAUCCGUUUGGAAGAGGAUCUCAAUCACAGGGCCAAACUGCAGAGCUUCCGCUGCCAGGAACUGGAAGACAGAAACGGCUCGCUGUCGCGGGACAACGAUCAACUGAGACGUGCCUACGAGAGGCUAGAAGGAGAACUUUCCGAUUCGAAAGGUAAACUUCGGGAAUGUGAUGGUCUGAGGAAGGAGCUGGAGCAGCGGUUUCAGGAAAUGGAAAAAUCUAAAAUGUUCUACAAACAGCAGUGGGCCAAAAUGAUUCGGGAAGUCCACAAGAUGAAGCUGGAAAACGAGCAGCAACUGGGUGAUGUGCUGCAAGGGAAAGAUCCCAGGAAGAAGACAUUCCGGUGGGAUGAUGACCGGUCGGAAGGGUGCUGUGAUGCGACUUCGUCGGCGAAAGAACGGGACGAGCUGGAGAAGAUCGAUCGGAUGCUUUUCGAGGAACGGAGAAGGCAGCAGCAACAUCAUGAGUGCUGUCCGUCGGAUCAUUGUUGCUGACCGUAUACUGGAACAUUCUACACUGCCACAAUUGUACAAAGACUGUUAUUUAUUUUAGGUGAUAGUAACCAUUACAAGAUUAAUAUAUUUGUCACAAAUUUUACAAAAUUUAAAUAAAAUUUACUCGAUUUUC